UGUAGUGAAGUGCGCGGUACAUUUCUUUACCUUUUUUUUGUUUAGAUAGAACAAACACGUUCGUGAUAAAAAACAUUUAUCAUAUUUGAGGUUAACCCCAUUUGAUUGAUUUUAAAAUUUUGUGUAUAGUUUCACAAUUUUAAAAGAAGUAUAACUUCAAUAAAUUAUACUAUUACAGUACACGAAUACAAUUUCUAUUAUAUAUUGUAUUGAGAUGUACUAUAGACAAAUACUUAUUUCUGAAAAUAAUAAUUUUGUAUGUACAUAAAUAAUAACAAUCGACAUGUUUUAACUGCGCAAUGCGCGUUUUACUGCAUCAUAAGCGAUCAAAGAUAAAUGACAGGUCGUUAGAGAUAUAUGUGCAUUGGCGUCCUCGUCUGGAUUACAAUCAUAAAGUGAGUAUGUCCAGAAGAAAAAUUGGUAGCGGAGAGAGACAAUUUAACAACGUGGAUUACACACAGCUAACUGAGACCGAUAAUGGCUUUAUAGAUUCACAGUUUGUGAAUCCGCCAGUGAAAAUACCAUGGAAAGCCAUCACACUUGCUGCUCUUCUAUUUGUAGGAGGAACCGUUAUGCUCAUAAUGGGAAGUUUAAUAAUCAGCGGGCACAUUGAUUCCAAAUAUUCCGAUAGAAUGUGGCCUGUGAUUAUUUUAGGAGCUUUAAUGUUCAUACCUGGAGCGUACCACAUGAGAGUUGCUAUAUUAGCUUAUCAAAAAGUACCUGGUUAUUCUUUCGAUGAUAUACCUGAGUUUGAUUAAGUUAGUUUAAUAUAUAUAAAGAAGUGUGGUGUGUAUAUAUAUAUAUAUAUAAUUACUUAUAUCUUCCCAUCAUCUAUUUUGAUUCGUACACAGUAUUUUAUAUAUAAAACAAAACAAAGAAAAUAUAUAUAUAUAUAUAUUUCUUUUCAGUUUUUCAGUCUUCUUAUUCUCAUAUUUAUUUAGAAAUAUUGAUAUGAUAUAAAAAAUAUAUUAGAAAACUAUUAUCAAUUAACUCUACGCAGAAAUUUAUCAAUGAGUGUUACCUAUGUAUUUUUGCAUGCAGAUUAUUUGUUAUAAAAUAAUAUUUAGCUACAUUUUAAAUCAUUUGUAUAGUUUAUUUAAAAAUAUAUAUUUAAAAGCAUUGUAGAUAAACUAUAUUGUCAGAAAUUAAUAAAUCAAAAAAUAAUGCAAAUAAUUGUUCUUAAAUUUUGGAUAAAAAAUUUGCAUCUAUGCUUGGAGCCAAAUAAUAUUUUAGAACAUUUUUAUUUAUUCGAAAGUAAGCUUUAGGUAAUUUAUAACUGAGCUACAAUUCAACUGCAUUAUAUUUCCAUUUAGUUUUAAUGCUGAUAUUAACGACGGACCAAACCAUGUAUCCAAUACAUGUCUUACCAAUUUUUUACUACAAUUUAUUUUUGUCAUAGUAUCGUAACACUGUUGAACAUAAGGAUGUGUUUCCGUAGAUAAUUCCUAUUAAAUAAUUUACUCAUAAUAAAAAUUUUAAAUAAUAAUUUGUUUUUUUUUAACAAUAAGAUAUAAUAUUUACCUGAAAAAUAAUAUAUAUAUAUAGCUCCUUGGGUUUAAUUUGAUUGGUACUAUGUUUUAUGCUUAAAGAAAGUCUUUGAAAAAACUCCCAAAAUAUUAAAUAUAAUUCUUCUUUUACCCACUUAAUAUUUAUUAUAAUAUGUAUAACGGGUGAUAACUUUAAUUAAUAUUAUUUUUCGUUAUUAAAUGUGAAUUACAAAAAAAGAAAUAUAUAUGUAUAUAUAUACAAGGUAUCCUAUAACUGUUGGUAUAAGCGAGAGCAGGGAAUGUGUGUGAUUCUAUAUACAUAAACAAACUAAUUCGAAAAUGUAGAUUAAAAUUUGUUUAUAUAAAUGUUUCAUUUAGAAUCACCUUCUGUUCGCUAGUGCCACCAAUUAAAACAUACCCUGUGAUAAAAUAAUAAUUAUUAAAAAUUAUUUUUUUUAAUUGCAAAAAGAAGAAAAAUCUUUAAAUUACCUCUAUCGACUCAUAUAUGCCGAGAUUAGAUGCAUAUUGAUACAAUCUUUUAGCAAGCAUAAUAUCACUGUGAAAUAAAAGUUUUAUUGCAGCACGACAUACUAUUGUAUUGAUAAAUGUGAAAUUAUAUUUGAUUAUUAAACGUCCCAUUGCAGCGACCAAUUCAAUUUCCAUUGUUGAUAAAAAUUUCAACAUUAAUUUGUCAACAUAUUGUGACAGAUCUGAAACAUACAAAAAUAUACAUUUGUAAUGUUAUAUAUUAA